AUGUUUCUUACCAGAUCAGUUCUUAACAAAAGAUUAUUCCAGUACGGAACCAGAGCUAUGCAUUACGAUGCUAAAAACAACGUACAUAUCCCAGAAAGUUUGGAGGACAUCCGUAAACAUCAUGACAAGACCAGACCUACAUACAUGAUGCUUUAUUUCCAUGCUGACUGGAACCCAACUUGUGAAGAGAUUGAGGAUAAAUACCACAAGUUUUGUGUAGACAAUGGAACCUGGACUCACUAUAAGAUAGACACUGAUGCUCAGAAGAGGAUAAAAUUCUUCUAUGAUGUUAAGUGUGAACCAAGCUUCUUCAUUUUCCUAAACGGAAUGCUAAUGAAGAGGAUCAUUGGCUAUAAUUUUGAACAUAUUAAAAAGAACCUGGAAUACACCGUUGAAGCUCAUCACGGAAAGUUCGAUUAUCAUGAUGGAGUCAAAGACAAAUGGGUAGAUUAUUACACCCAGGUCGACUUACAAGAGGCAGAGGUCGAAAGAGACAGAGAUCCAUCAAGACAAGGACUUCUUUUCGAAGAGCAUUUGUAAUCUAUGAUGCUGCUAAAUAUUCAAUCAUUAAA